GUGUGUGUGUGCGCGCUGAUAACGGAGAGAAAGGGGAAAUGAGUGUUUCCGUCUCUCUGCUUCACUCACAGCAGCUCUCAGAGGUGCUGCAGGACGAUGAGGGACCGCCUGACCGAUCUGCAGACCUUCAAACCUGCAGAGGAAGAAGAGGUCUGUCUGCAUGGAGGCGAGGAAGACGAGGAUGAAGACCUGGGCCUGGUUUUCCAGGGCGAGGACGUGAUGGACCACGUCUACAAAGAGGCGCAGGUGCUGAGGAAAGAGAUGCUUCUUCUGAAGCUGGACGUGAAGCGACUCGGGAAGCAGAACAGCCGCUUCCUCACCUCCGUACGGCGCGUCAGCAGCAUCAAACGGGACUCCAACGCCCUGGGGAGGGGCAUCAAGAGCCGGGGGGAGGCGGUCUACGCUCGUCUGCAGAAACUAGGGAAGCUGAGCAAAGAUCUGGAAGAAGAACACGGUCCAACGUCCGCUGUUUCUCGAAUGGCGCGAUCGCAGUGCGUCUCGUUGAACUCCGCCUUCCACAACGCCAUCUCCGAGUACAACGAGGCGGAGCUGAUCCAGAGGGAGAACUGCAAGACGCGGAUCCAACGGCAGGCGGAGAUCAUGGGGAAGCAGGUGAGCCGCGAGCAGAUCGACCACAUGAUUGAGACGGGGAAGUGGAACGUGUUCUCCGAUAACUUGCUUCUGGAGGGUCGAUCUGCGAGGACGGCGCUCAGCGAGAUGGAGAACCGGCAGCGGGAGCUUCUGGAGCUGGAGCAGAGGAUUCGAGAUGUCCACGAUCUGUUUGCCCAGAUGGCCUCGCUGGUGGAGGAGCAGGGCGUCAUGCUGGACAACAUCCAGGCCAACGUGGGCGCCACGCAGGACUACGUGGCCAAGGCCAACGUGCAGAUCAAGAAGGCCGUGAAGUACCAGAGGAACCAUCCCUGCAGGAGGCUCUUCUGCUGCUGCUGCCCCUGCUGCGACUGACACGCGUCCCGCUGCUCGUUGGAAGUAUUCACGACAUCUGAAAACAUCUGGCCUUCUUCUCCCACAUCGUACACCGCAGAACCUCUGAACCAACAUCGAAACGUGCUGCUCAGCUCGGACGUGCUCGUCAUUACCCGGGACGUUCAUAACUUUCUGAAUUCUAGAAACAUUAUGACUACGUACCAAAAGGCCAGCGUUCAGAUCAGGAAGGCCGUGAAGUACCAGAGGAAGGAAACUCUGCUGCUGCCCCUGCCUGCUGCCCCUGCUGCCCCUGCUGCCCCUGCUGCCCCUGCUGCCCCCUGCUGCCCCUGCUGCCCCUGCUACAACUAACAAUAAUAAUAAUAACUUCAAUUGAUAUAGCGUCUUCUAGGGGUCCCAAGGUCGAGUAAAACCAAAACAGUCAGUCAAACAAAACAACGCACACUGACCCAGGGUUUUUUAUUGGAAGUAUUCACGACACAAGUUCUUCGUCUGAAAACAUCCUGACUGUUGAUUGCCUUCUUCUCCACGUUUUACAUCGUAGAAUCUCCGUUUCCACAUCCAAACGUUCGGCUCGAUUAGGACAAGCUCGCUCUCGCUCCGUACGUUCAUAACGGUCAUAAUUCCAGAAAUAAACAAAGAUGAUUCAUCAACAUGUUGGAGCCGUGGGAGUAUUUCUAGAAUUGUGACACUUCUGAACGUCCUGAGGAAUAGCGAUCAUGUCCUGAUCGAGCCGCACGCUUUCAUGUUGGAACGGAGAUUCUGCGAUGUGGAAGGAGAGGCAGGAUACGUCCAGACGAAGAACAUACAGCAAGCAGCAUUCACACCUGCCUCUCCUGCAGAGUGAUGUGUGUGUGUGUGUGUGUGUGUGUGUGUGUGUGUGUGUGUCUGUGUUUGUGUGUGUGUGUG